AUGCCUGCCUCUCGUAUCAAACGCCCUCGCUCCAUUACCGUCGCUGCUCCCGGUCACUCCUCCACUCCUUCCUCAUCAACCGGCACGAACACUACACCCCGCUUCUUCCCUUCCGCCAAUCCCUCCACCUUAUCCUCCAUAUCCGAAACCCCCGCCUCCCCCUCUUUCGCAUCAUGGCACCUUCCUUCUCCCGCUCUGCCCGACUACGUCGAUCCGUACGCCCUGCCCGACUAUGCCCCUGACUAUACGCUCAACGACCUGGAUAUCGACCCCGCCCUCCGCGUACCUGACGCCAUAUCUCCGUCUCUCUCGCCUGCUCCGCCCGUCCCACUCUCCCCCUCGGCUGGCCUCAACGACGUCCUCCUGCUCGCCUCCGCCCAUGAUGCCCUGCUCGCCGCCACGCUCGACCAUGCCGAUGAUCCUGCGCUCGCUCUAUCGGAUUCGGAUCAACAGCUCGUCAACGACCACAACCGCGUGGGACCAGAACACGACCCGACGGCGAGACCCUUUAUCUGCAAGUUCAGCGGGUGUGACAAGUCCUUUGCUCGCAAGUCAGACUUGGCAAGGCACUUCCGUAUCCACACCAAUGAGCGUCCAUUCCGGUGCCCUCAUCCUCGAUGCGGAAAGUCCUUCAUCCAGCGCUCUGCUUUGACCGUCCAUUUCCGCACACAUACCGGCGAGAAACCCCAUCACUGCGAGACCUGCACAAAGGCCUUUGCAGACUCAUCAUCCCUGGCCAGACAUCGUCGCAUCCAUACCGGCAAGCGCCCAUAUGUCUGCAAGAUCGCCGGCUGCGGUCGGCCCUUCGCUCGGCGCAACACCUACCUCAAGCAUCACAAAAAGCAGCACCCCGCCAUUCCGGCUCCUUCCACCGCCGCCGGCAAGAACACCCUCCACCUUCCCGUCCCCAGCACCAGCCUCAGCAUGAGCAGCGGGAGCUCGAGCACUUCGACGAUGCAGCCGGGCCCACCCGGACCGGACGGCGCACCGUCGUAUUGGGUUCGCACCCCCUCGUCGUCGAGCGUCCCCCACGGGAUCGCCGCCUCCCACCCGCCAGGGGGUGCGGCGAGUGUCAGUGGCGGAGCAGGAUCAGGAACAGGAUCAGGAGGAGCUAAGGUCAGCGGAGGAGGAGGGGGCAGCACACUCCAGCCGGUCACCAUCCCAAACCCGGCUUACUUUACGCAAACCAAAGUCCAGCGGCAAGGGCAAGGGAAGAGAACCAGCCGCCGAGUCUCAACCUCCACCGCGUCCACCCCGCUCACCGCCUACGGGGCGUACGCGACGUCAGCGCCAUCCCCCACCACACCUCUCACCGCUCUCACCACCUCGUCCACCACCUCAUUCGCUUCCAACCAGCUCCAGAUCCAACCUCAUGGCAUUAGCCAUAGCUUCCGAAUUUCGCCUGGACUCUCAUCCGCCCACAGCUCCAACGGGAGCUUCGGCGCCUACCCCACCCCAAAUCCCGACGGGGGCCAACAGCAGCUCUCGCAUCACUCGGGCGCGCGCUCGAGCAGCACGGGCGGUCUGAUGUUCUAUCGUCCGUCGGAUGUCCAGAGCGGUCGGGCGGUCUCGGACCCGCUCAACAUCCGGGUUCCGCCGUACACGUCGUCCACUCCAUGGGUCGGUGGCGGUUUCUCGGCGGCGCAGCUGUCGAUACCUGCUAGUCAUCACGCUCAGCUCGGUCCCUCGUACUAUGGCUCGAUGAGCGGUACGCCCAUCCACUCUGCUCAGCAGAGUCACGCUCCCUCGCCCGUACCCCAGCAUCAAGCCGAUAGUCCCGAGCCGGACCUCGUCGACAUCAACACGGUACCCCAUUACUCCUUCCAGACGCCCAUGGGUCCGCCCUCGGUCCCCAGCUUCCCAUCGGUCGAGGUGCCCACCUUCACCGCGCUCAACCCCACCGGUCCCCAAUACGUCAUGAUGCCACCGCAGGACAAUCGGCUCCAAUCGGCUCCGCCCAUGCUCCAGCGGUUCCACUCUUCCCCGGCGGUUCCCACCAUGCAGGGAUACAACUCGAACGGGUGGAUGACGUACCAGCAACCUCAAUACGCCAUGACCGCCGCGCCACCUCCUAUCCAGCCCAUGGUCAGCUCACGGAGCCUCGGCGACGUCCAGUGGGAUCAGAUGGUCGAUGGUCGCUCGCCAACGCCUACUCUGAUAUCGCACGACCAGAGCGGCGGGCAAAAAUCAGCUCCCGGCUCGGCGGUCUUUACCCCUCAGGCUGGCUCGUACUGGGGUCAGCCUAUGUCGCAUUCGCAGCCGCCACCUCGGCCUUACUCGUCACACGCGUCCAACUCGUCUACGGCGUCCACCCUGGUCCAGUCGGUCACGAGCGCUCCGGCCAUGUACGGGCAGUUCGGCCCGCUGACCUGCGCACCUCUCAGCCACGCCUCAUCCCAGGCCACGUCGACUUCGUCGUACAACACCCCACAUACCUCGGUCCGCUGGCAACCCCAAAGCCGGCAGACCCUCGGCUCCCCCGUCAACCUCGUCCGGACCGGUCAGCCCCUCCCUUACUCGUACCAGUACCAGCCGUACCAGCCGACCGCUCCCAUCUUCACCGACGAGCACACCAUCACGCUCACGACCCCUCCUCAGCCUAUCCGACCCACAGCAAGUCGGACCGUUUCGGCCGUCGGGCUCGGGAUCGCCAAUGUCAACCUCGGGGAGAAGGAGGAUCGCCGCCUAGUUCUCGCCGAAGAGGAAGGCGAGGAGGAGUUGGACGAGCUGGAUGAUGAAAUUGAUGAUGGGUCGGACGAGGAGUUUGUGCUGGGCGGGCGAAAGAAGAAGGCGGGCAAGAAGGGCAAGAAGGGAUCGGCGAGGAAGCCAGCGGCGAGGAAGCGGGUCGCGGCUUAG